AUCCUCUCAUUAAAGGCAGGUGUGUGAAAUUAGUCAAGCAGGGAGGGUGCUAAAGAGGAAGCAGUCUUCAACCACUGCCGUGUUUUUGGUCAAAUCACUGUUUUAUUGUUUGAUAAAUCUGUUUUUUUUUCCCUCCCCAUUAAUUUGAACUUUGUUUCGUAAAGGCCUGUUUAUUUGAGCGAGUGUUUGUUUUAUUUCGUUUGAACGCGACGGUCAGACAAAUCGAUCACCGAAGAGCCCUGGGUCAUCAAAACUGUCAGUUCCAAAGUUUCUGCUGAAGUCCUGAGAUCUGGCAUCAGCUAUCAUGGCUCUGAGCGAGAUCGACCCCUGCAGGAGGCUGCUCGUACCUGGCCCAGUCCCAGCAGACAGAGCUGUCCCAUCACUGUGAUGGGGGAAGGGGAACCCCCAAAUUGAGAUGUUCCUGCUCUACCCAACAAGAAUUUGUCCCUAAUGCAAGGCUGUCAGAAUGGAGAGAGUCUCGUUGAGUACCUGGCCCCAUAGAAAAAAUGAGUGACAUGCUGGAUGAGGGUUCUUUCAUGUUCACAUCGGAGUCCGUAGGAGAGGGACAUCCAGACAAGAUUUGUGACCAGAUCAGUGAUGCUGUCCUGGACGCUCACCUAAAGCAGGACCCAGAUGCCAAAGUGGCCUGUGAGACGGUGUGUAAGACUGGCAUGGUGUUGCUCUGUGGCGAGAUCACAUCUCGGGCCAACGUAGACUACCAAACGGUGGUUAGAGACGUCAUCAAACACAUCGGCUACGACAACUCCGACAAAGGAUUCGACUAUAAGACGUGUAACGUGCUGGUGGCUCUGGAGCAGCAGAGUCCAGACAUUGCUCAGGGGGUCCAUGUUGACAGACAGGAGGAGGACAUUGGAGCAGGAGACCAGGGUCUGAUGUUCGGCUAUGCCACAGAUGAAACCGAGGAGUGUAUGCCUCUCACCAUCGUCCUAGCCCACAGACUCAACUCGAAGAUGGCUGAACUCAGACGCAACGGCACCAUCCCCUGGCUGCGUCCUGACUCUAAAACACAGGUGACAGUGCAUUAUGACCAGAAGGACGGAGCCGUGAUCCCCAAGAGAGUUCACACCAUUGUGAUCUCUGUCCAACACGAUGACUGCAUCUCUCUGGACGAACAGCAGAGAGUCCUGAAGGAGAAGGUGAUCGACGCCGUGGUUCCUGCCAAAUAUUUGGACAGCAAGACCAUCUACCACCUGCAGCCCAGUGGCCGCUUCGUCAUUGGAGGACCUCAGGGUGAUGCCGGUGUGACAGGCAGAAAGAUCAUUGUAGACACAUAUGGAGGGUGGGGUGCUCAUGGUGGUGGAGCUUUCUCUGGCAAAGACUUCUCAAAGGUGGACCGCUCCGCUGCCUACGCCGCUCGCUGGGUGGCCAAGUCUCUAGUCAAAGCAAAACUGUGCAGGAGAGUCCUGGUUCAGGUAUCUUAUGCUAUUGGUGUUGCCCAGCCUCUGUCCAUCUCCUUGUUCACCUAUGGCUCCUCCCAGAAAACAGAGUCAGAGCUGCUUCAGAUUGUCAACAAUAACUUUGAUCUGCGGCCAGGAGUCAUUGUCAGGGAACUGAACCUGAAGAGACCGAUCUACCAGCAGACAGCCUCUUACGGCCACUUCGGUCGACCAGAGUUUACUUGGGAGGUCCCUAAAAAGCUUGUCUUCUAAAUACUCCACCUACUCGUCCUGAUCAACUCACCCUGAAGGCCAGCUGUUCAUUGGCUAUGACUGCCAGCUCCAUCAACUGACACGACAUUUUUAAUAGGAACAACUAAAGCCAAAGUUAGGGAAAAGUCAGCUUUAAAGAGGUGAGAAGAUCAUUAUAUGCACGGGUGGUUGUAGCUAACAGACAUAUAAUGGGAUAGUCUUCAAAUGAGAAGAGAGACAUUAUAGAGGACAUAAGUAAUCCAUUUCCCCUUGUCCUCUUCAUACAUCCAAUUAUUGGUGCUUUAGAAAUGUAAUCACUAGUCAAAGAUCUUCCCUGGUAACAUAGAGGAACACCACAGCAAAUAAAAUCCUCUGAAGAUAAAAACCUGUACCCCGUUUUACCUCAAAGCUGCAAAUGUUCCUUUAUGUGACCAGUCCAAUGUACAGAAACAACCUCAGUGCUCCAUUAGUAACCGUUAGUGUUUCAUCAUAUGAAUGUCAGAAGUGUAAUUACUGCUCAACCAAAGGCUCUACUUUAGAAGGAAGCUUAAUCUUUUUGUCAUGACUGAAAAAUUCCUUUUCUAAGUCUUACUUUGUAAUUUGUGCUGCAGGAAGCUGUUUGCACUGUUACAAUCACCAUCAUACAACAACACAAGUCAUUAAAACAUGGUUAGAGCCUUUAUCUCUUAAGCAUAUGUUACAAUCAAUCACAUGUAAAAUAGCUAUGCAGACUCAUGUUUUCAUACUGCUCUUUUUUCUGUCAUCCUUUCAGCCCUGCUUUGUUUUAAUAUCAAGUUGCUUUUAUUGCCACACAGCUCACCUGGUGGUUGGUUUGUAUCUUUUUAUGUCAUUUUUUUUUUUAUUUUUACCUGGAGACUUGCAGCCAUGACUGAGUCUGUAAAUUUGACUAAUUUCAGCAAAAAACUUGAAGUCUCUUCUCUCUUUGCUCUCUGCAGCAAAUUACUGAGCUGCACGCACACAGUGCACCACAGAUGUCUUACGAUUAUUGCUGCAUUUUCACGUUAAAGGCCGAUCCAAGUCAAUAUCUGACAGAAUGCCUUGGUGCAGAUGCUCCUUCCUUAUCUUAAAAAUAUUUAGCUGAUUUCUUACUCAAGUUUCAUAUGCAGCUUUAUAUUGCAGACUGAAAUUUCUUCCCCGUGGAUUCAGAAAAGGGAGUGUUUGUUAAAAUGUAUUUCUCACAGGGCAUUUAGAAAAUUGAAUUUUUAAGUCAACUUUCGCCAUUGCUUAAUCACAACGUAUUUUUUCUAAUUCUUUCCUGCUGAUGGGAUAGAGGAAGUGUAAACAGUACUCACCUUAAAAACUUAAAAACCUAAAACUUCCUGUCUGUAGAGGUUUAGAACUUUGUGCUCUCAUCUACAGCCGACAUUGUUCUCGUAAGAGAGGUUUUCCUCCAUUUAAUGUGCCAAUCUGUGUCAUCUUCUGUCAACUCAGUUGGCAGAGAAA